AUGCAGAAACGGACUUAUUUUCUAACCUUCCUCUCAACCGUCUUAUCAUUACGUGGGAGCUCUGUUGUUAGACAACCAUUGAGAGAUCCGGAGUCAGGCUCUUCACUUUGUUGGAACGGAGAGGCUUGGAAGAUCGGGAACCAAUCGAUUCAGGGCAGUGAUGCUGAAUAUGUCUUUGACCUAUUUCUGAAUGCAACAAAAAGACACCGCGACAAUGCAGACCAUACGCCUGCCUCGCCUAAUCAUAGUUUGCAAGGUGUCGUUGACAUUUUGAGCAGCAUUACUGGACCUUAUGCUUUCGUUUUAUACGAUGCCCAACAUCAUCGAGUCUUCUACGGACGAGAUGCAUUAGACUCCGAACACUGUAUGGAAGUCGAAGCCGAUGGAAUCUACGUGCUUGACCUGACAGCGAAUGUCGAUCGAGUCACUCGUGUCCCCUGGGUGUUUGACCGUUCUAAGUCUGUUUUGACUGGUACUCUGCGCUCUCCGUUUCCAAAAUUUAACACAGAGGUGCGAGCUCAUCCGAUGCCAGCCCUAAACCAGGAUUCUCCAGCGAUGAACGACCUUUUCCAAAAGCUCCAACGGUCACUAUCCCUUCGUACCCAUGGAAUUCCUUUACCGCCGUGUCAAUUGGUCGCUCCAGCCCGCGUUGCUGUGUUAUUCUCUGGGGGCCUCGACUGUACCGUCUUGGCUCGUAUGCUCCACGAUGCUCUUCCAAAGGAGCAAGAUAUCGAUCUCUUGAAUGUCGCUUUUGAAAAUCCUCGAGUUGUCAAAGCUGCAGGAGCAUCUCAACUACCUAAGAUCGUUCGCUCGGCCUACUCCCUCUGCCCAGACCGCAUCACUGGCCUUUCUGCUUACUCAGAAUUGCUCGCCUUAUGCCCAGGACGGAUGUGGCGUUUCGUGUCUAUCGACAUUCCCUUUACGGAUACCCAGGCUCAUAGGUCUCAGGUCAUCUCUUUGAUUCAUCCGCAUAACACGGAAAUGGACCUCUCAAUAGCAUAUGCGCUCUAUUUUGCUGCGAGAGGCAUCGGUACAGUUCAUAUCGAAAACGGCGACCAUGCAAUCCAUUACACGACGCCAGCCAGAGUGUUGCUCUCAGGUCUUGGAGCAGAUGAGUUAUUUGGAGGUUACACCAGGCAUGCCACAGCCUUCAAGAGCAGAGGCUACCCAGGUCUCGCAGAUGAGCUUGAACUCGACUUCAACAGACUUGGAAAACGCAACCUUGGCCGCGAUGAUCGGGUAAUCUCGCAUUGGGGAAAGGAAGUACGAUACCCCUACCUUGACGAAGAACUAGUGAGCUGGGCUUUGAGACUUCCUAUAUGGGAAAAAUGUGGGUUCGGACAGGUUGAUCCCUGCACAGACGGCUCCAUCCCGCUACUAGAACCAGGCAAGAAGCUUUUACGAUUGUUGGCGUGGAAGCUAGGAUUACGAAAUGCUGCAGCUGAGAAGAAAAGGGCAAUUCAGUUUGGCGCCAGGACGGCGAAGAUGGAGGUCGGCAAGAGGAAAGGCACACAGACGUUGUCAUGA